CUUGGUUGCCGGAUCUGGUACUGGCCCACCACUUGAAAGAAGAAACUGGAACAUUGUUUCUGUAGAGGGUGGGUGUGCUACACUUGGGUUUUGCUAUGAGGAAGGUUGAGAGUGGCAGGAGGAGUCUCUGGAAUGGCCAUCACAGAAUUUUCGACUCACCAACUCCAGCAAAUCCGCCAACUGACGCAAUCCGCGCGUAUCAUAGUAUAUCAGAGGAUGUGAUCCUCUUGUCAUGCUUGCGACUGCUCUCGGAACGGAUCGCUACAGCCUUCAUCAUGCCUAUAAGAAAUACAGGCCUUUUUGUGUCUAGUCAUUCUCUUCUUCCCACCUCCAGCUCAAGCUUUCACUUGUUCCUAUAUCCACUUACCCGAAAUACAGCAGCAAGAUGGCGCAAGGACCUUCGAUUGUCGUUGGGCUGGAUUUCGGGACAACCUUCAGCGGGAUUGCUUGGGCUUUCAAAGGAUCAGCCGAUGACAUCGAGGUGUUGUCCACCUGGCCUGGUGGAGGCAACAGAACCUCAAUGAAAGUACCCUCAACCAUAUCCUAUGGAGCUCGAACCACCCGCUGGGGCUAUCAAGUUGGCCCAUUCAUGGAAGCCUUCAGAGGCCUCAAGCUCCUUCUCGAUGAGGAACAGGAGACAACCUACCCACCGUCCCUCUGCUCGAAGAAAUUGCUCGCUAUUCUUGACAAGGAUGCCGUCCAUGUGACAGCGGACUACUUGAGAUACCUUGUCGGAUACGCCCAGGGCGUCCUGGAGCGUCGUCUGGGGAUAGCUGCGAGUGCUAUGAAUCUCCGUUACAUUCUCACUGUACCAGCUGUUUGGUCUGACAAGGCCAAAAAUUGCACCUUGCGCGCCGCUCUGAAGGCAGGAAUCUCCCCUCAGGACGUCUCGCUCAAAAAUGAUAUGUUUGUUGUUUGUGAUGCCGGCGGUGGCACAGUGGAUCUUAUCUCAUACCAGAUUCGAGCUUUGAAACCGCUUGCCGUGAGGGAGAUUGUAAAGGGAGCAGGCCGUAUCUGCGGGUCGACGUUAUUGGAUGAAAGCUUCGAAAGGAUGCUCGAGGAAAGACUGGGACCCACAGGUUACGCUGCAUUAUCCGAUAAAGCAAAGGACGCUGCAUUACACUAUUGGCAAGAUCGAGUCAAGCCCAACUUCGCAGGGAAGUACGACGAGGACUUCGAAGACGUUGACUAUUUUAUUCCAGUUCCAGGAGCGCUUGAUGAUCGCCUAGCAUCGAUUGAAGAUGGGUUUCUUUAUCUUACCAGUGACGAUGUAACAAGUAUUUUUGAACCCAUUGUCAAAGAGGUGGAAUCUCUUGUUGCAGAACAGAUUGAGGGCAUUAAAGAGAAGAAACUCUACCCAAAGGUAGUGCUGACAAUUUCUCCAUCAGCGAUCAUCCUUGUUGGGGGUUUUGGUGCCUCUAUGUUCCUUUUCCAUCGCUUACAAGAAGCCAACCCUAGUGUGCUUGUAAUGCAGCCACCUGACGCCGGUGCUGUACAUCGAGGACUCGACGGUAACCAGGUAGAAAGUCGCGUUGUCCGCCGCCCUUACGGCGUCAGAUGUCGGAGCCCUUAUGUCGCGGGCCAACACGAUCCCAACGAUAUGGUAUGGUGCCACUUGAAGGAGGAGUAUGAGGUCCAUAAUUGUAUGCAUUGGUAUAUUGAGAAGUCCUCGGUUGUAUCGGAGAACAAACCGGUCAGAGUGUCAUUUUGCCGUCUACUGGAAGCAAGUUCAGAACACGGGCUGUGUGUGAAGGUCGACCUUUUGUUCUCCGACAGUGACAGAGCCCCAGCCAUGAGCAAUCAGACCAUGCGGCUAUGCACCGUUGAAGCAGAUCUCAGCCGGAUUCCUAGGGAUCUCUUUGUUAAGAAGUGCAAUUCCAAGGGCGUCGAGUAUUAUGAGGUUUAUUACGAUCUAGUCAUGAUUCCUACAUCUGCUUCUCUGUUGUUCGAGCUGGAAUUCAACGGGGUGGGCUACGGCAGUGUUCGCUCCAAAUACUGA